CCUCUCAUUCCAUCUUACCAUACCCGUCCGAACUCGCUCCAGACAGAACCAGUAUGCAUACCAGCACUCAGACAAACCAUUAUUACAUCACUAUCAAUACCAUCGCCAUGUUUACCUUUACACUCUUCCCAAAACUACCCCAAGAGCUCCGCGACGCCGUCUGGCAAGCGAGCAUGGCUGCAACAGCAACCGUCGAAUUUGACGAAGACGAAUACAUGGUCACAAGCAUUUCGUCACCAGCCGCCCUCUUCACCACAUCAAAGGAGGCGCAAGCCACAGCGCUGUCCUCCUCUCUCCAAAAAUUCCCCAUCUGGGGCCCAGAAGACUGGGAAGAUCUGGCCAUAGAUCCUGAAAACACGAUCCUCGAGAUUGUCAUCAAACCGUCCAAAUCAGCCUCCCUCAACAUCACAUGGACAGACAUCUGGAGUGUGCUUGGCGACGCACUACCAGCCAUAAAACGCCUUCAUAUCUCUUGCAGCAAGCCUGAGCGUCUCGCCAGGCUGUACAUGGCAGAGGAGGCAGAAUACCUUGGUGUCGGCCAAUCCUGCAUCGAAGAAGGAUUGUUCAAUAAUGCCGAAACCGUUUCGGGUGAGCGAAAAACCCGCCAAUCACUACACACACACCUCACGGUCACUGCUAGCAAGCAUACCAUUGAAGAAAUCGACCAGAACGCCUCUGAAAACGGGGUCAGCAUCUGGAAGAUGACCAAACACACUUUUGCGGAGUUUGGGCCCGAGGCUAAAGUUUUCGCCAGCAAGGGGCUAGCGCGCGUUGAGCUCGACAAUGCCUCAAAGAUGUCCGUAAAGCAGCUUCACGAUGCUGCGAGGACCUUCGCGCUGCCCGCUGAGGAGGUGGAGAGGGAGGUGUCAGGGGUCGAGGAAGUGGUGGAGGAGAAGUCAGGGGCGGAGCUGACGGAGGAUGCUAUCGCAAAGCAUCUGGAGUAUCAGGGGCUGUGGCCGCCUAAGCCAAAGGAUUUCGACUGGGAUCCAGAGGGCAGCGUCGCGAGUGCGAAUGACGAGGCCGUUUGGAAGUGGCUGUAGUCGUUUCGCGGGACUUUUGCAUUUGUGUUGGCAGCGGAGAGAUGCGGUGUCUGCUCCUGGCUGAGGUUUGGCGUUUCGGUUUGCGCUGGUUUUCGAUGUGAGUUACUCCCGGCACCAUCAUCCGCCGCACUUGCGUUUAGUUUAGUAAUUAAGUCGUCCUCAAAA